AGUACAAAUAUCCAAAUGUACGGCCAUCGCUGCGAAACUGCCCCAUUCUUUCUGGUUUCCAUAGCCCCACACCCUUCGAUCUCUCUCAGUACUCUCCAUUUCUCACGCCGCCGCCCUCCGCAGCGCACCGGUGACAUGUUUCUUCUCAACUCCUUUACCUCCGUCCACCGAUGAGUAUUCCGUUUGAAUUUCCGGGUAGCGGCUGGAAGGCUUCCGGAAAUGUGUUCCAAUUCAUGAUACAUAUAUGGAGAAAUUUGUGAGGUUAUCACGGGCUAGGUUUUUGAAAUUGUUGGAUUGAUGGAAGGAAUAAAUAGACGGUAUCUAAUUGCGCACAAGGAUCAUAAAUUUUUUUUCUGGAUGCGGGGAGGAUUCUCCAGAGAGGUGGCAUAGAUAGCUUUUUUGUUUAACUUUUAUGGAUUUUGUUUCGUAAAUUUGGGUUUUCUUUGGGUAUACCAAAUAGUUAUUAACAUGAAAAACAGAAUUUGUGUUGCUACUGAUAUGGAGGUGGAUAAUGAAGAAGAAGAAGUACCUCAUCUCUUGGACUUGAACACAAGAGGAAGAGUGGAUGAUGGUCAUCAACUUAGAUCAAGUGAUUCACUGUUCCCUGGUCUUAUUGAUGAUGUUGCCAUGGAUUGCCUUGCUUUGGCUUGCCCAUCGGAUUACACUUCGUUGUCGUGUAUUAACUCGAGGUUUAACAAGUUAGUCAAAAAUGGUGAUCUAUAUGGGUGGAGAAAGCAUUUGGGGAUUAAGGAGCAUUGGGUGUAUCUGGUUUGUGACUUAAAGGGUUGGGAAGCAUUUGAUCCUUUGAGAAAAUUAUGGAUGACUUUGCCUAAGAUGCCUUGUGAUGAGUGCUUCCAUCACGCAGACAAGGAAUCGUUAGCUGUAGGAAACGAACUGUUAGUUUUUGGGCGUGAGAUGUUUGAUUUUGCUAUAUGGAAGUAUAACUCGACUUGUAAGAGUUGGGCAAAGUGUCAAGGAAUGAAUCUACCUCGCUGUCUGUUUGGCUCCGGUAGCCUUGGUUCAAUCGCUAUCGUUGCAGGUGGGAGUGAUAUAAACGGGAACGUUUUAGACUCUGCAGAGUUGUAUGACUCUUCAUUGGGUACAUGGGAAACACUACCGAAGAUGACGACCCCGCGUAGAUUAUGCUCGGGAUUUUUCAUGGAUGGGAAGUUUUACGUGAUCGGUGGAAUGUUGAGCUCCACUGUUUCAUUAACUUGUGGGGAGGAGUACAAUUUUGAAACAAGAAAAUGGAGAAAAAUUGAGGGAAUGUAUCCGUAUGUUAAUAGGGCUGCUCAGGCGCCUCCCCUUGUUGCUGUGGUGGAUAACGAAUUAUAUGCAGUGGAGUAUUUAAGCAACCUGAUUAAGAGGUAUGACAAGGGGAAGAACAUGUGGAAUAUAUUGGGAAGGCUUCCUCUGAGGGCUGAUUCUUCAAACGGAUGGGGCCUGGCUUUCAAAGCCUGUGGGGAGGAACUUCUGGUUGUAGGUGGGCAAAAAGGUCCAAAUGGUGAAGCGAUCGUACUGAACGCUUGUUCUCCGAAGUUCGGGAUGAGGAAUGGCGCGUUGGAUUGGAAGUUUCUUGGUGUGAAGGAGCACGUCGGAGUGUUCGUCUAUAACUGUGCUGUUAUGGGUUGCUGCUUAUAGAAUAAUUUGAGAGAAGAGAGCCGGAGUCUGAAACCAGAUCUUGGUCGGCUACAACUGUUGGUUGGUUGCCAUGUACGUAUGGUUUUUUCUGUUUUGCAUUUGAAUCUGCUUAUCAUCUCUUUUGUUUCUAUGGUCAGCUGUUGGUUAGUUUGAUCAAGUUCUUCUGUUGUCAGUGACAUGCAUUCUGUUUCUUCAUUCUGUCUUUACUAAUAAAUCAUUAUACCCUCUCUGCUCUGCUCA